GCAUAUUAGUCCAAUCAAAUAAAUAUCUUCAUCUCUUCGUCGCAUAAGAUAAAAAGAGAAGACUUGGUAAAAAAGUUUAGGGCCGACUUAGGGUUUUGACAUUAAGCUCCAUCACAAGAAGCAGCUUAAAAAUCAAUCCGUCGACUUCUCUUUUACCGAUCGAUCGUUGUUACGAUUCUGGUAUUAUUUUUUUUUGGAGUUUCAUGUCAUUGGUGGCGUAAGUACCUUUAGGUUUGAUUGUUGUUUAGGAGAUCUUGGAUGCUUUUAAGCGGUUGUGACCAGUUCUGCACUGUGGAGUUCAUAUUGUUAAGGGCGUUCGUUCCAUUAGAUUUUGUUCUUGAUUAAGAGAUCAAUUGAGAUCUGCUCUUGGAUGCAUCUGUGGGCGUGCAAUGUUAUAACAAGUUCAUCGCUGGUUCAUCAACUUUUAUUAAUGGCACGGGCGUUUUCUCUCUGAGGCGAAACCAAGGCCGAGUUGUAUAUAACUGUUAUCUUAGAACCUUUGAACAAGUGCAUAGGGAUUGAUCCUGUAGGUAGAAAUGGAAACAAAAAUCGUAAAGGUAUUGGAUAGAAGCCGAAACAUUGUUGUUGACCUGAAGAGAAAGCGGGAAGCUCAAUUCGAGACGCAUCUCUCUGAGGCUACCCACAUGAUAUUACCGGUUCGAGCUUUGCUGAAUUCGACCGUUCCGCUUGGAAAGCGGGCGAAGCUAAAUGGAUCAGGAAGCAGGUGUGGUGGCUAUGAGUUUCACCAAAAAGAAUCUCUGCUUAGAUAUUAUCUUAAUUUCAGGAAAAGUGGGCUUCCGCAGCGUUUGAUGUACUAUCAAAAGGGUCAAUGGACUGAUUUCCCUGAGAACAUUGUGUCAAUGGCUAAGCAAGAUCUUCAGGUAAAGAAAUCCGCGACGGAGGUGGUGUUCAAUGGUAAAAACUAUGUGCUCGAUUUCUUCCAUAUGAUGCUGUUGGACCUGAAGUCUGGUGUGCAGCAACCUAUUGCAUGGAUUGAUGAAGCAGGCAAGUGCUUUUUCCCAGAAGUCUUUGGUAGGUGUGAUGAACUGCACGAGUGUUGUCACUGUGAAGACAAUGACUGCAUAGACGAAUAUUCUGAGACGGAGGGAUCCAAUGAUUUGGAGAUGAGGCUGGAGAUUGAAGUUAAUGGGGCAGAUAUAUCAAGUUUGAAGGAAUCCAGUGGAGAGUCCAAUGCUAAUGUUGAGCAGGUGAACUUUUGUAACGAACUUGCAGCAAAAAAUCACGUUGCAAAAGUUGAUGAUAAUUGUGUCAGAAUGUCAUAUACGAAAGCCAAGGAAGACACUGCCAAAUAUUAUCAAAAGGUUGAAAAUGCUGGGUGCGAGUAUACGAACUCUGAUGCUGUGAGGGAGAUGUUUCUGAAGGGUAUCAGUUCACCUGCAAGUGCAAAUAUAAUUGAACUGCAGCAUAUUUCAAGUUCUUUCAUUGAAAUUCGGAAGGAACUCUUUCAAAAGCAGAUGGAAAUUACGAGAAAGCAUCGUGGGGAUGCCGUUCUUCGUUAUGCUUGGCUUCCUUCUUCUAAAGGAAUGAUUACGAGUAUUAUGAAGUACGGGCUUGCUAAUUAUGGUUCAUCCAAGACCAAUUCCAGUUACGGCGUUGGAGUUCAUCUUUUCCCUGCGAACUGUACUGAUAUCAGUGCAAAGUAUUCUGAUGUUGACGAAAAUGGUGUACAAUAUAUGAUAUUGUGCCGUGUAAUAAUGGGAAACAUGGAACUGGUUUGUCCUGAAUCAAAGCAGUUCCAUCCCAGCUGUGAGGAUUUUGAUAAUGGCGUUGAUAGCCUUGAAAAUCCGAAGUGUUAUGUAGUCUGGACUAUGAAUAUGAGUACGCACAUAUUUCCAGAAUACGUCGUCAGUUUCAAGCUCUCUCCUGAUGCUGAAGGAUAUCUCGUUGGAAACAAGAGCCCAAAUGUUUCUGCUAUCAGUAGUUGUCAGGGCCCUGUGGAUCAGGUAUGGGCAGAUACACUUCCUACUGACAUGGGAAGUGAUUGCCACCAGAAUUCACUAGGGUUGGCCUCAAAACAGUCUGCAAGGACUCCGAAGUCCCCCUGGAUGCCAUUCCCCAUGUUGUUUGCAGCAAUUUCGAAGAAAGUGCGUCAAGAGGAUAUGAACCUUGUUUGUAGCAAUUAUGAGUUAUUCAAGGGCAAGAAGAUAAACAGGGAUGAGUUUGUCAGAAAGUUGAGGUUGAUUGUAGGGGAUGCUUUGUUAAGGUCCACUAUAACUAGUCUUCAGUGCAGGGUACCACCUAAACCAAUGGAAUUGGUCACCAUAAAGCAAGAACGCGAGAGUAUCUGCCUGGAGUGACUGCUGGUUCUAUUUCUUGCUUCCAUGAACGACCUGUUUUUGCUUGCUUUAGGAAGUGAAUAGCGGACAUAUCUAUUGCUUUUUCGUAGAUUGUGUGAUACAAGGUAGUUUGGUACUAUGCGUGGAAACGUGAGAAGGGUUUAAGUUUCGCCGGUCCAUAACUUGACCGAUUUGGUUGCUCAAGUGAGUGCUUACAGAGUUGCGCCUUCCGGAUUACUAUGUCUUCUAUAUCUAGUACCUGCUAGCUGUUAUGCUUUAAAGUUUGGUAUAGAGAGUUCAUUCUGAAUAUGCUUUACUAGUACUCUUAACACAGUUAUGACAAUGUAUUAAGAAUUUUGGGUAUGUGCAAUCUUGAGUUAAUGCUCGUGCU